AUGGAAGCACGUCGAUCAUUCUUCUGGAAUGGAGUGCUGCAGCUGAAUGAGGUGGGCGAGCACUCCUUUUUCGACAUUCGCGUGCGGAAGACACAGGACAAUCCGCCUCAGGUCUUCGUGUACACCUCGGAUCUGCCCCCGCUGCCCAUGAAAUCGAAAGACGAUGUGCUCAAGGUCACCUUCCUUCUCGAGAACAACGUCGGUACAACCACCAUUCGAUACAAGAUUGCCGACGCCAUCUUCGACGGGAAGACUCUCGAGGCUCGCACGGCCAACUGCAACCAAAACUUCAUCUCGAUCACCAACGACACCUCUGAGUGGCACUUCAUCAAGCAGACGAAUUGGCUACUCUACUUCGUCAGCGUCAAGAUUCCCCCAGAACAGGUCAAGAAAUUCAUGCCUCUCCUCUAA